GAAGGAGCGGGCGCUGCCGCCAUGAGCUCGCAGCCGGGGCCGGGCCUGCCCUUCCUGCCGGGCUGCUCCUUCAGGGACCCCAUGAAAACAUGUUUUCAUCGGUCCCAGACACUGGGCUACAAAAAUGGAUAUGCCUUUUCUUGGCUGCCAACAGUGGGGUCUGGUGGGGAGCGACUGUACGUGAAUCAGCUUUCUCAAGCUGAAUUAGACGAAUUAUCCAGCAAGAGACCCACGCUGACCUAUGGAAAAGUCAAGCGGGCUCCACCUUCAGGCUUCAUUCCAGCACACGUGGCUUUUGACAAAAAGAUUUUGAAGUUUGAUGCCUAUUUCCAGGAGGAUGUUCCUCUCUCUCCAGAAGAGCAUUACCGCAUCCGCCAAGUGUGUAUCUAUUACUAUUUGGAAGAUGACAGCAUGUACGUCGUAGAACCUGUUGUGCAGAACUCGGGUAUUCCUCAAGGCAAACAUAUUAGGCGCCAUCGGGUGCCCAAGAAUGACCAUGGGGAACAUUACCAUUGGAAAGAUCUGAAUCGGGGCAUAAACAUCACCAUGUAUGGCAGGACGUACCGCAUAGUCGACUGCGACCGAUUUACACAGGAGUUCCUGGAAAGCCAAGGAAUUGAAGUGAACCCUCCAGAGAAAAUGGCUUUUGAUCCUUACACAGAACUGCGUCAGAUGCCUGUGCGCAAGUACAUCACACCAUCAGAUUUUGACCAACUCAAACAGUUUCUGACUUACGACAAGCAGGUCCUUCGCUUUUACGCCAUGUGGGAUGACACUAACAGCAUCUUUGGUGAGAAUCGGCCUUACAUCAUCCAUUACUACUUGGCAGAUGACACAGUGGAGGUUCGGGAAGUCCACAAGCAAAAUGAUGGUAGAGAUCCAUUCCCACUACUGAUAAGACGCCAACGCUUACCCAAAACCUUUGUGGAUAAGAAAAAGACUUUCCCAACCUGUGUGAUGGAGAUCUCUGAUCAGGAGGUACUUGAGUGGUACACAGCUAAAGAUUUUGCUGUUGGCAAAUCUACCACCCUCCUUGGACGCAAUUUCUUCAUCUAUGAUUGUGAUGAGUUCACACGAAACUUCUAUCGUGACAAAUUUGGCAUCACUGACUUCCAGCCAGUGGAAAUAAAGAAGAAACCACCUGAGGAAGUUCCACAGAUAAUUCCUCCCUAUAAUGGUUUUGGCAUCCUUGAAGACACUCUUCAGAACUGCUUUUCUCUGCUUCCGAAACCUCCCCGGAAAGAUGUAAUUAAGAUGCUAGAGAAUGACAACAAGGUGCUGCGAUACCAGGUGGCCCUGGAAUCACCAAAUCCUGAGGAUAGAAAGCGUCGUUUCAUCCUCUCUUAUUUCCUCUCCAAUGACAUGAUCAGCAUCUAUGAACCACCAGUCCGUAACUCUGGCAUCAUUGGAGGCAAAUACUUAAGAAAGACCAGAGUUGCCAAACCAGGCUCGACUACAGAAAAUGCCACGUACUAUGGGCCCUCUGAUCUCACCAUUGGUUCUACAAUUGAAGUGUUUGGCCACAGGUUUGUUAUCACUGACGCUGAUGAAUAUGUACUUAAUUAUAUGGAAAGCAAUGCAGAGAGUUUCCCUGCGGCAACACUGCAAUCCCUGAGGGAUCAUUUUCACCCAAAGCAGGUGGUAAAGGAGACUGACAACAGUGACAUCCCCAAGCUUGGGACCAGCAAGAAGGAACUGGAUGAAUUAAUUGUGUGUGUUCAGGAAGAGCUGAAGCCCCAUAAUCACUUGAACAACAAGAACAUUCAGGAGGCAUUUCUUCAGUGUGACAAGGAUGGCUCUGGCAUCCUGGACAAAGCAAAAUUUUUAUCCCUUUGUGACAGCUUGAGUGUGCCGACCAACACCACUCUUCUUAACAAGCUGAUUGACCAGUGUUCUUGUGGAGAAAACCAGAUAAACUACCGUGACUUCCUUAGAGCCUUCCCUUCAUGAUCUCUGCCCAGAAGCUGAAGAACAAGACCAGCAAUAAAAUUCUUACUGACUUAAGACAUUGUACUUCAAAAAGGAUGCUCUAAACUUCACCUUUAUUUCACUCACUCUCCUCCUUCUAUCCUCACUAGAUCCAGCUAAUUUCAUCCUCACUUUGUUAACUUUUUUCUCUUCUUUAUCUCUCCCUGCCCUUUUAGUCACCACCAAACUCAACCUCACCAACUACUGGAUAUUGAAAUGAAACUCACAAGAGAAAAAAACUUUGAAGAACCAAAGCCAGGUACUCCUGUUGAAUUUUGUAAUGCAGUACAGCAAGGCUUGCUAGAGCUCUCUAAAGCCUGGAGUGAUAACCACUCCAGAUUUCUCUUUCUCUUACAGAAUCAAAAGGGGCUUUUCACCUUCAAGCAGUGAAGACUGCCAGUUUAAAUUAUUUACAUUGCAAGAAAAUACAAGAGCCCUGCCAUGGCCCAUGAUAAAGUCACACUUGCUGGUCUGAAUGUGUUAAUAUAUCUGCUUUAAAUAGAAGUACCUCAAUAGCUGGAAUAGCUAAGGAUUAAAAUUUGGGGGUGGUGGUGGAGAAAAAACCA